AUGGCUGAAAAACUCAAUGACUGUGUAUUAAAAACUAUAAACCAAUGUACUGUAGAUAUUGUAUGGCAAUAUAGUAUAGGCAAAACCGAAAUAGUAGUCACUAGUGGUUGUACUAAAAAGUCUAUAUCAACUAACCACGUACUUAAUGUUGCUAUAGGUUACGAGUAUCGUGAUGAAUUAGUUGCGAAAAAAGUUCUUGAAUAUAAAUGUUCAACUGAUGAAUGUAAUAGUUUUGAUCAAAUAAAACGUUUAAUAAAUUCAUUAACCGUAAUACAUCAUCUUGACGAAAUGACAAACAUGAUCAAGCCUCAAGAACCAUUUCAAGGUGCAUGGUCUGAUCGUGUUUCAAAUACAACUACUAAUAAAUGCAACAUUAUAAUACCAAAUGAUGCAUGUAGACGAUGUUUAUUAGCAAAACAAAUUGAUGAAAAGACAACGCAAGGAUGUACACCUUGGUUAACUGAAACUUUGGAUAAUUCUUUAUCAUAUACAGUAAUGUUUAAUAUGACCGAUCGAACACGCUCUAAUAUUUGGCAGGUUCUAUAUCAAGCAGAAAGCUGCAAUUCAUUAAGUAAUGCCGAUCUUAUUCGUGAAAAAAAUGCAAUCAAUUUCGAUUUUAAUAAAUUUUUUAAUAAUGGACAAACCGAUUAUCAUUAUCAAUAA